CCGGGCGGCCGGGGCCGGGACGAUGACUCUGGAGUCCAUGAUGGCGUGUUGCCUGAGCGACGAGGUGAAGGAGUCCAAGCGCAUCAACGCCGAGAUCGAGAAGCAGCUGCGGCGGGACAAGCGCGACGCCCGGCGCGAGCUCAAGCUGCUGCUGCUCGGCACGGGCGAGAGCGGGAAAAGCACGUUCAUCAAGCAGAUGCGCAUCAUCCACGGGGCGGGCUACUCCGAGGAGGACAAGCGGGGCUUCACCAAGCUGGUCUACCAGAACAUCUUCACCGCCAUGCAGGCCAUGAUCCGCGCCAUGGAGACCCUGAAGAUCCUCUACAAGUACGAGCAGAACAAGGCCAACGCGCUGCUGAUCCGGGAGGUGGACGUGGAGAAGGUGACGACCUUUGAGCACCGGUACGUGAACGCCAUCAAGACGCUGUGGAACGACCCUGGCAUCCAGGAGUGCUACGACCGCAGGCGCGAGUACCAGCUUUCAGACUCCGCCAAGUACUACCUGACGGACGUGGACCGCAUCGCCACCCUGGGCUACCUGCCCAGCCAGCAGGACGUGCUGCGCGUGCGCGUGCCCACCACCGGCAUCAUCGAGUACCCCUUCGACCUGGAGAACAUCAUCUUCAGGAUGGUGGACGUGGGCGGACAGAGGUCUGAGCGGAGGAAGUGGAUCCACUGCUUCGAGAACGUGACGUCCAUCAUGUUCCUCGUGGCCCUCAGCGAGUACGACCAAGUCCUGGUGGAGUCGGACAACGAGAACCGCAUGGAGGAGAGCAAGGCGCUCUUCCGGACCAUCAUCACGUACCCCUGGUUCCAGAACUCGUCGGUCAUCCUCUUCCUCAACAAGAAGGACCUGCUGGAGGACAAGAUCCUGCACUCCCACCUGGUGGACUACUUCCCCGAGUUCGACGGGCCGCAGCGGGACGCGCAGGCCGCCCGCGAGUUCAUCCUGAGGAUGUUCGUGGACCUGAACCCCGACAGCGACAAGAUCAUCUACUCGCACUUCACGUGCGCCACCGACACGGAGAACAUCCGCUUCGUCUUCGCCGCCGUGAAGGACACGAUCCUGCAGCUGAACUUGAAGGAGUACAACCUGGUGUGACCCCGCCCGCCCCGCGCGCUUCUCCUCGUCCUUAUAACCAGCGGUUCUGAUUUCACAGCUAUCAGGGGACCUCCGUCGUUCCUUCCACACCCUUCUGCACCUUCUCACCUUUGUCAGCGGCGAGGCCGCCUUUUUCUGGCCUUGACUGGUGGCUCGCUUUUUUCUAAAAAAAAAAAAAAAAAAAAGGAAACGGAGAGGCGCGGCGUCUCUGAGACGCCCGGCGCCCCGCGGCCCCAGGGCCCCUCCCGCGCCCUCCUCCUCCCGGACACGUGGACGCGUGGACACGGUGACUCUCCCUCCUCGGUUAAGUUAUUGACUCCCCCCGCCCGCGCCGGCUCCGGCCCACUGGACUCCGAGAAGCGGGCUGGGCGGCGCCCCCUGCUGCCCACCCUGGGAAGUGCCUAACUUUUUUUUUUUUUUUGAGGAAAAAACAAAAAGUGUGGGCGGUUCCGCGGCGGAGGAGACGCGGGCCCGCCCCACUGUCCCCGCCGCCCCGGGGAGCCCGGGGGCCUCGGGCUCUCGGGGCUGUGUCCCCAGGGCCGGGCGGGGCUCCCGGGCCCUGUCUGCGCCCCGCAGCCGGCUGCCGUCCGGGCGCACCCGGGGGUCCCGGCCGGGGUGCCGGGAGGAGGCCCCCUCGGCGUGGGGGUGGCUUUUGUUCGGUGUUGUGACCAACGUGGGCAGAGUGAGGGCGGGUGGGGACGUUUUCAGAAUAUUCUCAGGUCUGUCCCCAGGAGGCGGAGAGAGAGGUGGGCGCGUGGGCUCCGGCUGACCGCUGUCCCCGAGUCCCGGGGGCCGCACGCGCGCACUGUGCCCGGCGGCUGGCACCUCGGCCCCGGGCGGCCCCCGGGCCUGGCCACGGCCGCGGCCAUGCACUGAGCCAGAGCCGCGGGGCCGCCCCCGGAGGGCCGAGGACGGGGCCAGGGGGCGUUCCUGGGGUGGAGGCGGCUCUGCGUCUCUGUGGACUGAGCACUACAGUGUCGUCGUUUGUAUGUGGGUUUUGUUUUUUUGCACAAACGUAAGGGGAACGGGCUGCCGGCGAUGCCUUGGACGCGCCCACGAGAUUGGUGUCCGCGCCGGCAGCAAAUCCGAGAAACAGCCCAGCGGUCAGCCCCGACGCCCGCCCCGUGCGCCCACCCUGCGUCCUCCUCUCGGGGCUGGACACGCGGGGCCACCGGCCUGCUGUGUCUGCUGCAGAAAGGGGGGCCUGGUGGCGAUGGGGGCGGCCGCGUUCCUGGCGAUCAGCCCCGUGGGGGCAGGGCGUGCGGGGACCCAGCCUCUCACCCCGUUUCCCUUGGGCGUCUCUACCGAGAGGGUCCUUUCUGUGCCAUUUCGUGCCGUCCCCCCAGGGCGCGCCCGCAGCGGGGGAGCAGAUGGUGCUGCCGGCCGGG